AGGUUAUGUUUUACAAAAUGAUGGAAAAAUGUAAAAAAUACUAGAAGGAGAAAUGAGAAAUAUCAGGAAAUAUCCAAUUUUUUAUAUACAUAAUAUAAUCAAUUUACCUUUUGUUUAGACUGGAAAAAUAGUGUUAUAUUUUAAUAAAAUUAAUAUAAUAAUCUUUAAAAUAUGAAAGCUGAUAGGAAGGCCGGGUUAAUGAUUAAUUAAUUUAUAAUGGCUAAAAAAUUACUUGUGAGUGCUAUGACCAGCUAUAACUGAGUAAAUAUAGCGCCAAACCUAUAUUGUAUUAUUUUCUUUCUAUUAAGUUAAAAUGGAGAAAAAUGGAACAAUAUUUUAUCCCAUCAUUAGUUCGAUUCAGAAAAUGGCAUUGUAUGAAACAAAAUCUAAGUUUUACUUAGUGGGAUCAAAUAACACCCAAACUCGAUUUCGUGUUCUUAAAAUUGAUAGAACUGAAGCGAAAGAGUUAGACAUAUAUGAUGAUAAGAUUGAAUACUCAGCAGAAGAAAUUCACGACCUUGUUAAUAUGAUUGAGUCUGGAAAUAGAAAAGUUGGAGCAGGAGGAUUUUCUAAAGUUAUAUCUGCUUUUGGUAUUGUUGGUUUUAUUAAAUUUUUGGAAGGUUACUACAUAAUACUAAUUACUAAAAGAAGAAAAGUUGCUGCCAUAGGCCAUCAUACAAUUUAUAAGAUAGAAGACACCACUAUGAUAUCUAUUCCACAUGAAUCGGCGAGAGUAUUUCAUCCAGAUGAAUCCAGAUAUGUAAAAAUGUUUCAAAGCAUUGAUUUAGCAAGUAACUUUUAUUUUAGCUACAGUUAUGAUGUAACACAUAGCUUACAGCAUAAUUUUACAGAACCAAAACAUUUUUCUACAAGAGAUGCAAGUUUUGAAUCUGAUAAUGAUGUAUCGGGCACUGAUAAUACUGAUUUAUUAGGGAAAUCUAUUGUUUCUCAAGGAGCACCAAAUGAAUUCAGAGAAACUCAAUAUUUUGGAACAAGAACACAUCCACAUAAGAAAUUUGUUUGGAAUUUACAUUUAUUAACUGAAGCAUUAAAAUCUGAUGUUCACCCUAACUGGAUAUUAUUUAUUACUCAUGGAUUUAUAGGACAAAGUAACAUUAGUGUUUAUGGUCGAGCACUAUAUCUUACACUAAUAGCAAGGAGAUCAAGCAAAUAUGCUGGUACAAGAUUUCUUAAAAGAGGAGCAAAUUUUCAAGGCGAUGUAGCAAAUGAAGUAGAAACAGAACAAAUAGUUCAUGAUUCAUGUGUAUCAUUGUUUACCAGAAGUCAUUUCACAUCUUUUGUACAAAUGAGGGGUUCAAUUCCAGGACACUGGAAACAAGAAAUGGGAAAAAUUGUAGCAAAACCUGCUAUAACCAUAGACUUUUAUGACCCAUUUGCAGCAACUGCUGGAGCACAUUUUAAUGAAUUGCUAAAAAGAUAUGGAGCGCCUAUAAUAAUUUUGAAUUUAGUGAAGAAAAGAGAAAGAAAACCCCAAGAAAGUAUGUUAAGCGAGGAACUAAGUUCAGCAGUGAAAUACUUGAAUCAAUUUUUACCAGUUGAAUAUCAGAUUAUUUAUAAAACAUUUGAUAUGGCCAGAAAAAAUAAGAGCAGUUCUAAUGUAAUGAAAGAAUUGGCAGGAAUUGCAAAAAGUGCUGUUACUAAAGUUGGAAUAUUUCAUAAUCAAUCUAAAUACUUUUCACAGAAAAGUAGUACUGUGAUAGGUCAAAAAACAACAUCAUUUAGCAGCAGACAAACAGGAAUCAUAAGAACAAAUUGUGUAGAUUGUUUAGACAGAACAAAUACAGCACAAUUUGCAAUUGGAAAAUGUGUAUUGGGUUAUCAGUUAUGCGCCUUGGGUGUUCUAGAUACACCUACCUUAGAAUUUGAUACAGAUUGCGUUCGUAUGUUAGAAUCGCUGUAUGAGGAUCAUGGAGAUACAUUAGCGUUACAGUAUGGUGGUUCGCAGUUGGUACACAGAAUAAAAACUUAUCGAAAAACGGCCCCUUGGACGUCCACAGGCAAUGAUAUCAUGCAAACAUUAAGUCGCUAUUACAGCAAUACUUUUUCUGACGCCGAAAAACAGAACGCCAUCAAUUUAUUUUUGGGACUUUUUAAACCUAAAGAGAAAGAACUUCAAAUUUGGGAUUAUAUCAAUGACUAUUAUUUUCACCAUAAACCAAUUAUAUUUAGUCCAAAAUCAUUAACACAAUGGUGGAAUGAAGGAGUCUUUAAAUGCUUACCGUAUGCUUUCAAUGAUGUAACCAAGUCUUGUUUUGAAUUAAUACAAGUACAUUCCAAGGAAAUAGAAAUGAUAGAUUCUUAUGUAGACUAUUACAGGCCACAUGAAUUUAGUGCAUUGUAUGACGUUUUUGCAUUUACAGUUAGUAACUCUAUAAGAGACUUUAUGCCCAAUGCUACAGUAAAUUACAGUCCUUUUGCUGUUCGAACCAGACCUGAUAAAAGGCGCGAGGAAGUGAUGCAGAAGGGAAAUACUAUUAAAAGUCCUUCAGUUACAGGUCAGAGUUCUACAAGUUCUGCUGCAUCAAGUACAAGCUCAAGUGAUACAGAGGAUUUGUCAGAUGAUGAGGACAGUUUAAAUUCCGAAAGAAAUACUGAGUCAUACUCAAAAGCCAGUACUCCAGAACCGAUUACAUUUAAAUCAUUGUUUCCAUCAACAAAAGAAGUAUAUGGUUUUGAAAUUAAAAAACCUAGUGCGAAAGAUAUUCUUAUAUAUAAAAAGUAUGUUUUAACAGGUAAAAGAGCAAAUGGCACUGCAUUAAAUGUAUUCUCUUCUAACAAAUUCAAUAUUAAACCAAUAAGUACUUUUUCUGAAGAUACUUCAACUGAAGUAAAACCUCCCACAGUAAGUGAAAAAUCUAUUGAAAUUUAUCAGAAAUAUGUAAAUCUUGGCAAAUAUGGUCCUCAAAUGCCAAAACAAUCUGAUAUAGAAAUAUACAAACAAUAUGCUAGUCUUAAAUAAUAAUAUUCUAGGCUUUUAGAUCCAAUUACAUACUUUGAUAUUUUAUAUUUGUAUUAAUAUACCGCACAUAUUUUUUCCUUCAUGUUGUAAAAUGUAUUCUUUACUUAUUUAAUAAAAUUUUAUUAGAUACGUUAAU